GCGACACUGAGUGAAUUCAAAUGUCAAUUAGUGGUGCACAGAGAAAAAUCAACAAAAUCCUUCCAGCAGCUUUAAUUCUUUAGAAUAUCAUCUUUGUCUAUCUUCUCCUGUUUUGGGCUAUUGUACCCGUCAGAACAUGUGGUGUUCUAUUCUCUCGGGGUACAUAACGAUAUCAGACACCUUUGUCCUGGCUAACUGGCCUGCGGCAUUGACAUCAUAAAGCGUCACAUAUGGACAUAACACUGUUACAGCUUGGGGUAUUCCAGACUCGCAGUUUAAUUCCAGCGCCAUUCCAUAAGGAGUCUCCAUACAUCCUCUCAGUGGGAUGAAUGGCUUUUCCCCAAGUGCUCCCAUUUCCUCCCACAGUCCAAAGACCAGGACAGAAAAGGCGAAGGCUUUGUGUACGGCAAUCUCAAACACAACAAUACAAAUUUGUUCUAUCUGCCAGUUCAACAGCACCUGAAUACCAUCCGCCUGUGAAUGUGGAGGAAGUGAAGCUGAAGAAGACAGCACACCAGUCGCAGCAAGUAGAAUCCAAACACACAGGGGAGAGGCCGUUCACUUGCUCUUUGUAAGGGUGAGAGUUGGAUAAACCCACCUGGAGUAAAACCUGGUAAAGUUAUUGAAGGAGUGACCAGAUAUUUCCUUUGUAGCACCAGUUUAUCAGCUGUUGACCCUUGGAGAAGAAGAUGUGUCUUAUCCCAGCUGACAAUUUGCUUUGUGUCUGAGAGGAAGUUUUUUUUCUUGUAACUCACUGAAAUCCAUUGGAAUCGGGGUGGCUGAGAAAACUCCAGAUUUGUUCGCUGGUCAUCAGUUCCUGGUUGCAGGAGGGAUUCACUACGUGUGUCAUCUGACUUGAUGGAUUGACAGCACCUUUCACCUGCUGUUAGUGUCGGAAGGGGUUAACUUACUCUGCCCAGCUGCAGACACGCCAGAGAGUUCACACUGUGCAGAGGCCGCUCACCUGCUCUGUGGGUGGGAGGGGAUAUUCUCAGCCAUCCAGCCUGAGCGUCCAACGGCGAGUUCAUUCCUUAAAUGGUUUAGCUGUUCUGACUGUGGGAUGUGAUUAGUACUGCAGUCCAAGCUGAAGACACGUCAGAAAUAUUGCACCGAUGAGACUGUGUGUGUAGAAAGAGAUUCACGUACUCAGCCCACCCGCGGACACACCAGUGAGUUCUGUUUGUGGGAAGGGGUUCACUCGCUAAUCUCGCGUGAUGAGGCACCAGCGAGUUCACUCCGGGGAAAAGUGGUUCACCUGCUCAGACUGCGGGAAGAGAUUUACCCAGUCAUCUCACCUGCAGGAGCACCAGCGCGUUCACACCGGGGAGAGGCCGUUCACCUGCUCCGAAUGUGGGAAGAAAUUCAGUAACUCGUCCAACCUGAAGAUGCACCAGCGAGUUCACUCUGGGGAGAGGCCGUUCACCUGCUUGGAAUGUGGGAAGGGAUUCACUCAGUUGUCCCAUCUGCAAGCCCACCAGCGAAUUCACACCGGGGAGAGACCAUUCACCUGCUCUGAGUGUGGGAAGGGAUUCACUCACUCAUCGAACUUGAUGAUGCACCAACGUGUUCAUGCUGGAGGGAAGCCGUUCACCUGCUCCGACUGUGGGAAGAGAUUUCUUCAGUCAUCUCACCUACUGGCACACCAGCGAGUUCACAGCGGGGAGAGACCAUUCACCUGCUCCGAAUGUGGGAAGGGAUUCACUCAACUAUCUAAUUUGCAAGCCCACCAGCGUGUUCACACUGGGGAGAGACCGUUCACCUGCUCCGAAUGUGGGAAGAAAUUCAAUAACUCAUCCAACCUGAUGAUGCAUCAACGUGUUCACUCUGAGGAGAGGCCAUUCACUUGCUCUGAAUGUGGGAAGGGAUUCACUCAGUUAUCUCAUUUACAAGCCCACCAGCGUGUUCACACCGGGGAGAGACCGUUCAUCUGCUCCGAAUGUGGGAAGAACUUCAGUAACUCAUCCACCCUACUGAGACACCAGCGAGUUCACUCCGAGGAGAGGCCGUUCACCUGCUCUGAAUGUGGGAAGGGAUUCACUCAGUUGUCUCAUCUGCAAGCCCACCAGCGAAUUCACACCGGGGAGAGACCGUUCACCUGCUCCGAAUGUGGGAAGGGAUUCACUCAGUCGUCCAACCUGGUGACCCACUACCGAGUUCACACUCAGGAAAGAGUGCUGGUCCGAAAGGAUGGUGGAACCUCACACCUGGGCCGCGCCCUGUUCCCGAGGCUCCGGGAAAAGGAACAACUGCUGUCGGAGUUCAGGAAUCCCCGACUAAUGACCGUAUACAAGAUCCUUAACUCCCAACUGAAGAAAGAUCUGGGAACCCCUGGUGGGCAAAGGAAAAGCUUCAAAGAUCACAUGGAAAUCAUCCUGAAGAAAUUCAACAUGACAUCUAAAAACAAGGAAUACACAGCACUGAAUAGGUUUGCGACAGCUGUUGGAGAGCGCUUAAACCGGGUUGGCAGGGCGCUGGGAACCGAGCGAAUUCAAAGCGAUUGUUCCCCGGACCCGGUGCUGAUGGAACCCCGCUCCGACCUGCGGCCGAUCGGCCGGAGCUGUUCAUCCACCGAGCGCAUGUGCGACAUUCUGGUACAAACUGCGACCCACAGCGCCUGCGCACUUGAUCGGGGUCAACAACCGCGAAUUCUGGAGCGCUGGAGGAAGGUGCAGAGGAGACCCGGCGCUCGUCGGCACUUUGAAUGUACCCUUACGUACCCAGAAAUCCCCGCGGUUCAGAAUUCGCCUACGGAUGGCCAGCGAUCAAAUGCGCAGGCGCAAGGGUGGUGGAAAGUUGGCGAGAGCGCGCAGGCGCAAGGGCGGCGGAAAGUUGGCGAGAGCGCGCAGGCGCUCAGUGGACAAGAGGCUCCGGAAGAUCGCGAGCAGGUAGGAGCGGGGCUCCGGGCGGGAGGUCGGUUUUUAUCGGCGCCGGGGCCUGUUCCACGACUGGACGACAACUCCCGUGAGCUCCGGAUACACUGCGGCCGCUCGCCCCGGCACAGUUCCGGCGCUUUCCCUCUCUCCCUACCCCACGACCCGGACCCGGGCCCCGGAGAAUCUUCUCAUGAUGUGCGACGGUGCCGGCGCCAUUUCUGCUGCGCAUGCGUAUCGGUGGAGACUGGGAAGCAAUUCAUUCUGUUGUCCAAGCUAAAGCUGCUCCUUAUGUGGGAAGAGAUUCCCUCGUGCAGCCCGCCCACAGACAAACCAGAGAGGCCAUACAUCUGCUCUGAAUGUCGGAAGGGAUUCACUCAGUUACCCCUCCUACAGACACACUGGUCGAUUCACCCAAGGGAGAUGUCGUUCACCUGCUCAGAAUGUGGGAAAGGAUUCACUCGGUCAUCUAACCUACUGGCACACCAGUCAGUUCACACUGGGGAGAGGCCAUUCAUCUGCUCAGACUGUGGGAAGGCAUUUACCCGGUCAUAUCACUUGCAGAGGCACCAACGAGUUCACACUGGAGAGAGGCCAUUCAUCUGUUCCAUAUGUGGGAAAGGAUUCACUCAGUUGUGCCACCUACAGACACACCAGUCAGUUCACACUGGGGAGAGACCGUUUAUUUGCUCAGACUGUGAGAAGGGAUUUACUACGUCAUCUGACCUACAGACACAUCAGUCAAUUCACACUGGGGAGAGGCCAUUCAUCUGCUCAGAGUGUGGAAAGGGAUUCACCAGGUCAUCUGACCUACUGGCACACCAGUCAGUUCACACCGGUGAGAGGCCAUUCACCUGCUCAGACUGUGGGAAGGGAUUCACUCAGUCAUCUCAAUUGAAGGUACAUCAGCGAGUUCACACUGGGGAGAGACCAUUCACCUGUUCUGAAUGUGGGAAGGCAUUCACUAGGUCAUUCAACCUCCAGAGACACCAGGCAGUUCACACCGGGGAGAAGCCAUUCAUCUGCUCAGACUGUGGGAAGGGAUUUACUAGAUCAUCUGACCUACUGUCACACCAGGCAGUUCACACUGGAGAGAUGCCGUUCACCUGUUCUGACUGUGGGAAGGGAUUUACUAGAUCAUCUGAGCUGCUGGCACACCAGUCAGUUCACACCGGGGAGAUGCCGUUCACCUGCUCAGACUGUGGGAAGGGAUUUCCUCGAUCAUUUCAGCUGAAGGUACAUCAGCGAGUUCACACUGGGGAGAGGCCGUUCGCCUGCUAUGAAUGUGGGAAGACAUUCACUCGGUCAUCCCACCUCCAAGUGCACCAGCGAGUUCACACCGGGGAGAGGCCGUUCACCUGCUCAGACUGCAGCAUGACAUUCACCCGGUCGUCCUACCUACAGGCACACCAGCGGGUUCACACCGGGGAGAGGCCAUUCACCUGCUCACACUGUGGUAAGGGGUUUACACAGUCUUUUCAACUGAAGAUCCACCAGCGGGUUCACACCGGGGAGAAGCCAUUCACCUGCUCUGAAUGCGGGAAGGGAUUCGCUCAGUCGUCGAACCUUGUGAAGCACUACCAAGUUCACGCUGGGGAGAAGGUUGAAAUGAGCUGCGAGCUGGAUAUGUUCCACAUGGUCACGGGCCUGUGGGUGAAGAAGUUGACCUUGAGUUUCCAGUAUGACUUUCUGCAGGCUGAAGAAGAAGACGAGCUCACUCCAGUUAUGCCUGACGUCAAAGAUUCAAAGCCCAGCAUGGAGCGAGCGGGACAGAGAGGCCGAUCAAACGCGGGCACCUUCCUCCGGGAGCGCCGACUGCCUGGGAUAGACAAGGGAGAACUGGCGGGUGUCGCGUACCCGGAUCUCCAGAAGGCCUUUGACAAGGUAGAGCUCGCCCUCCACGCCUUCGUAAAGCCGCUGACGCCGGAGCUCCUUCGGCAGCAUGUUCGCCUGACGUCGCCGUCAUCGCUAAACGAGGCGCGGGCCGAGGCGGAGAGGACACAACACCACGCCUCAGUUCAGAGUAGCCAUCGGGAAACGCUGAGCGGCAGCGCCGCCCGAGUCCUCCAGCAGAACCCCUCCGGAUGGGCCGUUUGGGUGAAGAGCAAGGCCUGUAUGCGGGGACUGCAUCAGAUGCCGUGCGUUGGGCAGCUCCAGGAAGCGGUCCCACCGGGGACAACAACCACCGCCGGUUUCACAGCGGCCCAGGGCGGUGCAGCCCACCCGGCAGCCGCUCGACGCAACACAGCUGAAUCAGGAGCAAGUGACGGUGAUGGCGCUUCAGGUGACGGCCAGCGACGACCUCCCCACCAGCGAGCAGGUGAACCAUCCCGUGUGGCCCGGGUGAGGGAAUGGCUGAGUGAGAGACGACAGCCGGAGUGGGCAGAGGUCUCCGCCCCGGAUCCAGAGACCAAAGCCCUGUACUCGCAAUGGGAAACACAGGAGGUGCGCGACCAGUUGCUGUUUCGGCGGUGGCAGCUGUCCGAUGGUGACAGACUCUUGCAGCUGGUGGUCCCCCGGGGGCUCCGCGCCAUGACGCUGCGGUCGGUGCACGGGCUGGCCGCGGGACUGGGGGCCGGCCAUCUCGGAGCUGCACAGACUUUGGGCAGUCUGCGUGAACGCUUCUGCCGGCCUGGGUACAGGCGGGACGUGGAGCUGUUCGCGCACGGCUGCGUCGCUGGCAAGACCCAUUUGUCUCGCGUUGCCAUGUUGGAGAAGGCCGAACUGAGGAACUUGGGGAUAGAGCUGAGCUCCGACGGAGCGGCCUCUGGGGGUCCGACCAAAGAUGGGAACGAUUAUCCUUCACGUCUUUUUCACGAUCGCGAGAGAGCGCUGGAUAUUAAGAACACAAAGUACUGCACUUGCAAGCUGUUUCAUACACCGUUUGCAGCCGGGUUCAGGCACCCGGGAAGAAGGCAUCAGUGGCGGUGCGCGGUCCAGCGAACAGUGCAGGUGAUCAUCUUGAACGUUUUUAUUGUGGUCGCAAAAUCCCGUUGGGCACAAGUACUGCAGAAUGCUGCGAGUCCGACUCGCAGCCUCAUUGACGAGACCGACGGCGCGGGGGAGAUGCUUGGACUCGCUCGCCUCGCCGACCAGACCCUUAUUCAUGCCCCGGGGUCGCCUGUCGCGGCGACCGAAGAAGGUGACGCCGGGGCGGGCCCAGCGCCGCUGCAUUCCACGCUGGGUUGGUGGCUGGCCCUUCCCCAUCGGUGUUCGCUCCCGGGAAGGCAAGCUGGUUUGCGUUCGCCUGUGGCUGCAUCGUGCGAUACGAGGAACUCCUGCGAGCUGUUCUUGCAGAAAUGUGGCUUCGCAACAACAUGGAAUGUACCAUCAAUGGUGUGCGUGGAACCUAACUACAUGGGUACCAAGUGCCACUAUGUGCCGAGGUUCUAUCUGUCCCUGGUAUUGCAAAGGAUGGGUUUGGCCCCGAUGCCACGCAACGUUCCGGUCAACUGGACGUUUCGGGACUACCUGUCCUUCAUAAAAAAGUUCUUCUGGACCCUCACCUUUGACCAUGUCCACCAGGCCUGGUCAGCACAGAACAUCCUGCAGGCAGUGCUGGAGAAGGACUCGAUGGACACAGAGGGUGCGGUGUCUUGGUUUUCCAGAGAUGUUGAGGCCCUGGCGAAGAAGAAGGAUGUGCAUAGCAGAGGGGUCCGGGACUCUGAACUCGCCGGUGGGGACUCAUUGGUGAAAUGCGCAGGCGUGAAGGUCCCCGAUAGUUCCGGGAAAACGCGCAUGCGCUCAGCGGAUCAAAGGCGCUGGCGGGUCGGCGGCAGGUUAGAGACGGCAAAGGAUUUGGAGCGCAACAACACUGCUGUGUCUGUCUGUCUGGAUAUUGAAGGAGUAACCAGUUCACCAUUUCCGCCUGUGAGAAGUGAUUCACUCGCUCAGCCCUCCUGCAGACACACCGGUGAGUUCACAAGGGAGAGACUGAACAAUUCUGUGUGUGGGAAGGAAUUAGCUAAUUCAUCUCACGUGAUGAGACACCAGCCAGAUCACCCCGAGGAGAGGCUGUUCUCCUGCUCCGACUGUGGGAAGGCAUUUGUUCGGUCGUCCGAAUUACGGAAGCACCAACGAGUUCACACCGGGGAGAGGCCGUACAUCUGCUCCGAGUGUGGGAAGGGAUUCACCCGGUCAUCCAACCUGCAGGCACACCAGUCAGUUCACACUGGGGAGAGGCCAUUCACCUGCUCAGACUGUGGGAAGGCGUUUAUUCAGUCAUCCGAACUGCGGAGACACCAGCGAGUUCACACAGGGGAGAGGCCGUACAUCUGCUCUGAAUGUGGGAAGGGAUUCACCCGCUCGUCCUACCUACAAGCACACCAGUCAGUUCACACUGGGGAGAGGCCGUUCACCUGCUCAGACUGUGGGAAGGGAUUCACUCACUCAUCUCACCUGCAGAGACACCAGCAAGUUCAUAGUGGGGAGAGGCCGUUUAUCUGUUCCGUGUGUGGGAAGAGAUUCACUCGCUCAUCCGAUCUGCUGACACAUGAGCGAUUUCACACUGGGGAGAGGCCGUACAUCUGCUCUGAGUGUGGGAAGGGAUUCACUCGGUCAUCUGAUCUGCUGAUACAUCAGCGAGUUCACACUGUGGAGCGGCCGUUCACCUGCUCAGACUGUGGAAAGGCAUUUACUCACCCAUCUCACCUGCAGACACACCAGCGAGUUCACACUGGGGAGAGGCAGUUUAUCUGCUCUGUGUGUGGGAAGGGAUUCACUCGGUCAUCAGAUCUGUUGACACACGAGCGAUUUCACACUGGUGAGAGGCCGUACGUCUGCUCUGAUUGUGGGAAGGGAUUCACCCGGUCAUCUGAUCUGCUGACACACCAACGAGUUCACACUGGGGAGAAGCCGUUCACCUGCUCGGACUGUGGGAAGGGUUUCACUCAGUCAUCUCAACUGAAGGUACACCAGCGAGUUCACACUGGGGAGAAGCCGUUCACCUGCUCAGACUGUGGGAAGGGAUUCACUCAGUCGUCCAGCCUGCAGACACACCAGCGAAUUCACACAGGAGAGAGGCCACUCACCUGUUCCGUGUGUGGGAAGGGAUUCAGUCACUCAUCCAACCUUGUAAAGCACCGGCGUGUUCACGCUGGGGAAAAAGCUUAAUCCUGCUGCCUGCUGGAUAUUUAAACCUCACAGUGGCAGAACCCAGAGGCAAGUUCAAAAGUUACUGCUGAUGUCAAGUUCUGCAAUGGUUCCUGCGACUCCUCACACCCCGUCUGCACCCUGGUCACUGGGCCUGGGAGGAGUUUCUCCCCUCUGACAUCCACCUUCUAUGAGACUGAGUUUAAUAUUCGGACCUGUUACAAAUAAAUCAGUUCUAUUUUAAACUCUGUCCCAGGUACUUUGUGAAUGUGCAACACACCCAGUGUACAGUUAGGAGCCAACACAGUCCAGCUGGUCCCUGUCCGUGUUUCUGUUCCAGUGACAUUUCUUUCACAUCCACCCCUGCUGUUCACCUCUCGCUCUCCAACUAGCCACCACUCUGUGGGCAAAGGUGUUUCCCUUGAAUUCCCUGCGUGACCUUCUGCAGACUGAAGACUGCAGCUAUAUCUGAUAUCCCUCAAAUCUCUGGGCGGAGGAAGAAUUGUUAACCUCCCUACCCCUGCUCUUUUCAACAUUGUGGGUCACUUUUCACUACUUCCCAAGGGCUGCGUCUCCCGCAUCCGGGUUGUUCGAACAAACCACUGUCCUCUAAACUUGACGGCAGAAUGGGGAACCAUUAGUCAGAUGUCCAGUGGAGCGGGGUCAGAAACGAGACCUGGGUGAGCAUGGGGCAGGGUUUGGGGCUCUGGACAGUGGUUGGGUAAGAACAUAUGAUGAGGAGCAGGGAAUCAGAGUGGGGAAGGGGGGAUGGUAAUGAAUGAGAGAGUAGCUCAUUGACAGAGAAAAUAAACUAUGUCAGAUUUAACUGCUCGGGGCACCAUGUCAGCAAAGCGGUUAGCAAGACGCUGUCACAGCUCAGAGUUUGGAGUUCAUUUCCUACAUCCUCUGUAAGAAAGUUCGCAGGUUCUUCUCAUUUGACUGUAGCUUUCCUCCGGGUGCUCUGGUUUCCUCCUAAGACGUACAGGUUAGUAGGUUAAUUGGUCACUGUGAAUUGCCCUGGGGUUAAAU